AUGGGGAUAUUGCUACCAACCAACUAGUCUUCAUCUGACAGAGAAGACUUCUCUCCAUCUCCUGCUGCCACUUCUUUGGGCCUCACCCUGCCCACCAUGGCUCUCUGGAUCCGAUCGCUGCCUCUCCUGGCCCUUCUCGCUCUGUCCGACCCCGGGACCAGCCACGCGGCUGCCAACCAGCACCUCUGCGGCUCCCAUUUGGUGGAGGCUCUCUACCUGGUGUGUGGAGAGAGGGGUUUCUUCUACUCCCCCAAAGCCCGACGGGACGUUGAGCAGCCUCUAGUGAGCGGUCCCCUGCAUGGUGAGGUAGGAGAGCUGCCCUUCCAUCAGGAGGAGUUUGAGAAAGUGAAGCGAGGGAUCGUUGAGCAAUGCUGCCACAACACGUGCUCCCUCUACCAACUGGAAAACUACUGCAACUAGCGGCGAGGCCAGCGGCGGAGAGCUCGCGGGCCACUGGUAGAAACACGCACUUAUGCUACUGCACCUUCAAAGCAAUUGAAUAAAUGUUGUGGGUCUAUUCGAA